AUGGACUUCUUCUAUGUCGGCCCCGCUGGGGGCAGCUUCUUCGACACGAUGAACUGGAACGACGCCCCGGACGGCUCUGGUUCGUUCCUCGCCACGCCGGUGAUCGAUGGCGGGACGAAUCUGGUUGAGCAUUCGCUGGUGAUUGAUGGCGACUCGGUUCUCGCUGGAACGGGCCUGUCGUUCGGCAUGGGCUCGCUGUCGCUCGGUACGGGCUCUGCCCUCACCGUGAGCGGCGACGACUUGGUCUUUGGUUCGGGCAGCUCGCUCACCUCGAGCGGAGCGUCGCUGAUCGUCGAUGGCGCGGGCGACGCCGGUCAGGUCCAGUUCAACUCGGGCUCCACCGUCUCGCUCACCGACACAACUCUCACGGCGUCCGACGACAUCUUCUUUCGCGGUUCGAUCUCCAUCACGGAUUCGAUGCUCGAGAGCCUGGGAGAUGACAUCGAGUUCCAGUCGAGCGCUUCAAUCGUUUCGAUCUCGGGGUCCGACUUCCUUGCGUCGGGGACGGGCUCCGGCGGCGGGUUGAACCAGGUGAUCUACGUGCGGACUUCGACCGAUCAGAUCUUUGACUCGACGUUCCGCGCCGGGCGUUUCGGUGUGGUGACCGAUGGCAUGGGGACGACGACCGACGUGAAGAUGACCGACUCGUUCAUCCACGUGGACGGCGACAUCGACAAUGUCUUUGCCUCGUCUAACGGCGGCGUUCACCGGCUGACGCUUGCCGGCGAUACGGAAGUCAUCGCGGACCAGCUGCAGAUCGUCGCGAUGUUCCUGGAUGACUCGUCUAGCGCGACGUUUACGGAUGACGCCGACGACGACGGCGGCACCUGGCUCGCCGACAACGCGUUGGUUCGACUCGACUCGGUAGACGCGUCGGUGACGUUCGAGCAAAGCCAGCCGAACGACGCCCGCUCGCGCGUUUUUGACGGCGUCAACCUAACGACCUACGCCCUCUCGCCCGGCAACUUCUCGCCGAGUGACUGGGACGGGAUGUCGGCCGCCACGAUCCGGCUGGUCCCCGAGCCGACGACGCUCGCGCUCGUGGCGCUUGGCUGCGGGUUGCUGGUGGGAGUCGCCGUUCGGGCAGCGCUCGUUGUGACGCUCGCCUCGGUGGGCGUCUCGGCCGACGCGGUGAAGAUCGUGAUUCCCGGCAUCAGCACGUCGGCGACCGACAACCCGUUGCGGAGUGUCGAUACGAUCGGCAUCAGCCCGGACGGGACAACGCUCGCCUUCGUCGCCAACCUCAGCGGCACAACAGCGGACCGGCUCUAUACGAUUCCGAUCACGGGCGGGACGCCGACGCAAGCGGUCAGCAGUUCCGAGGUCGAUGACAUCCCGUUCUACACGCCCGACGGGCAGACACUGGUCUACGUCGAUUCGGAUAGCGGCGUCGACAAGGUGCACCGCGUCUCGACCGCGGGCGGCGCUGGCAUGGUCAUCAACGAUGUGGACGUGAGCUUCGGCUUCCGGCUCAGCCCCGACGGGCAAACGGUCGUCGUCGCCACGAGGGAUGGCUCGGACGACGUGCUGCGGGCGUUCCCGACCUUCGGCAACGGCCCGGUGGUGAAUCUCUCGUCCUCCGCGGUCGAAGGGGACGUCGAUACCGAGACAUUCAACUUCAGCGCCGACGGGACGGAGGUCUACUUCGCCACCGACAGCCGUUUCCGUGGCGCCAAUGAGUCGUCGCUCUACCGUGUGCCGAUCACCGGCGGGCCGGCGGUCGAGAUCCCGAUCGCCGGGACCAUCCCUACGAGCUUCGACAUCGACCACGUCUUCUUUGUUGACGAUACGGUCUACUUCAAGGGCGACUACGCCGUGAAUGGCGAGAACCAGAUCAACACCCUCCCCGUCACGGGAGGUGUGCCACAGGUGCUCCCGAUUAGUAACCUGUCGUCGUCGUCCGACGUGGACAACUUUGCGAUCUCUCCCGACGGCAAGACCAUCGCGUUCAGCGCCGACCUCCAAACGAUCGGCGUCUUUGAGUUGUUCGUCGUGCCGAUCGAAGGGGGUGAAGCCAUUAAGGUGAACGAUCCGUUCUCGGCCGAAGCGAUCGACCUCGACAUCACCGGCGACGGCGUGCCGGAUAUCUCCGACGGCGACAUUGAUAGCGACGUGCUCCGCGAGCCGCUGGGGCUCGGCAUCGUUUGGUCGGCGGAUAGCCGAAAGAUCGUUUACUUGGCGGAUGGGGAGGUGGAUGGGGUGUUCGAGCCCUACGUGGUUGAAAACCCAUUGUUCGAGGCGGUCCCGGGAGACUACAACUCGGACGGCCUGGUCAAU